AUUAAAGUGAUAAAAUAUACUUUAAAGAACGUGGAUUUAAAACUCUAAAUAAGAUUUUAUAUAAUUCAACAAGUGGAAAGUUCUAAAAAACUAUCAUGUCGACAACAAACACAACAGUGCAAAAUCAAGCCAAAACCAGCACGACUACGCCUGCUAAACCUCAAAAAACGUAUGGAAAGAUUGUUCUCACGUUGUAUAACUGCCUCCUACCAGAAAAUGUAUUCAAGGAAACGCCCUCACAGACUGACGGCCUUGAUGUUGAAACUGAGACAGACCUCCGUAUCCUCGGGUGUGAGAUGAUACAAACCGCUGGGAUCCUUCUGAAGUUGCCACAAGUUGCCAUGGCGACCGGACAGAUCUACCUCCAACGGUUCUAUUAUUCCAAAUCAUUCGUCAGAUAUCCUAUGGAAACUAUGGCAAUGGGUAGCAUUUAUUUAGCGUCUAAAGUUGAAGAAAAGCCGUGUAGAAUACGUGAUGUGAUUAACGUUUUCCAUCAUAUCAAGCAAGUGAGAGCCCAGAAAAAUAUAUCUCCCUUGAUUGUUGAUCAAAAUUAUAUUGAAUUAAAAAACCAAGUCAUUAAGGCUGAGCGGAGAAUUCUUAAGGAACUUGGCUUCUGUGUGCAUGUGAAACAUCCACACAAACUUAUUGUAGUAUAUCUUCAGCUGCUGCAGUAUGAAAAGAACCGCCAGCUAAUGCAGAUGGCAUGGAAUUACAUGAAUGAUGCUCUGCGCACUGACGUCUUCAUGAGAUUCCCACCCGAGACUAUUGCUUGUGCUUGCAUAUAUUUAACUGCACGCAAGAUUGGCCUCCCUCUUCCUAACAACCCACACUGGUUCCUGUUAUUUAAAGUAUCAGAAGAAGACAUCAGGGAAGUCUGUGUUCGCAUCCUACAACUGUACAAGAGGCCUAAAGUAAAUCCAGAAGAACUGGAGAGUAAAGUUGACUUGUUACGGAAGGUGUACCAAGCAAACAAGCACAUUCAAGCUCAGAAGGAUCGGGAGAGCAAAGCUGAAGAGAAGAAGGUAGAAUCUCCUACUGCAUCAACAUCUAAGGAGACAAGUAGAAGGGAUUCUAAAAAAGACAAGUCACCGAAGACUCCUCCCCUGUCUUCUAAAUACCACAGCAGUCAUAAGUCAAAGAAGGAGCACAGAUCCCGUUCUCCAUAUGAACGUAAAAGGGAAUAUUCAACAAGCAGCAGUAAAAGACACAAGUCUCGUUCCAGGGAUAGGGAGUUAGACCGUUCUCGUGAACGUAGUAGGAUGGAUGACAAACGUGGCAGGGGUAUGUCACGGAAAUAUGAUGACUAUGAUAGAUCUAAAUCUAGCAGGGAUAGUAGGGAUGACAAGAGGAAGCAUUAGACUGUAUCUAGUUUUAAUAUACCUACUACAUCAAGU